GCAGAAGAAAGGACAAAAUAUUGUGGGAGAAGAAAGCGUUAAAACUCAGGGACCCCACAAAAUUACCUUAACCUCAAAGCCACUCAGCCCUGGCCAACCCUAAAAACAUGAAAAGCAGUGUGUGCCGGUUGCUGGUGGCACUGCUGAGUCUGUGCGAGGGGCUGCGGGGGCUCCCUGCUCCCCGCCUGAAGCCUUCAGACCCCCGGGCCGAUUUCGACUCCAUCAUCAGCCUGGCCAAGAACCUGCUGAGUGACACCAAACACCUGUUCCAUCACUUCAAAUCCCGGUACCCGGCCGAGGGGGAGCACAAGAUGGACACGCUGCCCGUGCUGUCCAUGAGUGCCGUGGAGCUGGCCAACAUCCAGGUGCCCGGGGGCCUGGCACGGCUCAGUGCAGACCUGCAGAACUACCAGAAGCACCUGGAGUGGCUGCGCCGGGCGGGGCCAGUGCUGCGGCCCCUGGAGCCAGACUUGGGAGCCCUGCAUGCCCGGCUGGAGCGCCUGGUCAAGCGCCUGGAACACCUGAGUGUCCAAACCUGUAACCUGGCCCGGCCCAGCGACCCGCUGCCCACGCUGCCCUCGCACGGCACGCACUGGGCGGUGGUGCAGGGCCGGCCACGCCCUCUGCACACAGCCUGCACCCUCUACCUGGAAUGGGCCGGCCCCGCGGCCCCCUGGUUCUGAUUCCGCAGCAAGCUGUGACGAGCGGUUGCGGGGGGGGCCCUGCCCCGGGGACACUGGGGUCCCCCAUCCAGCAUUCCA